AUGGAGCGCAUUGGCGCGCAUUCACAUAUUAGAGGACUUGGUCUUGACGAAUCUCUAGAGCCUCGUCAAGUAUCGCAGGGUAUGGUUGGUCAAGUUAAAGCACGCAAAGCAGCUGGCGUUAUUUUACAAAUGAUAAAAGAGGGUAAAAUUGCUGGUAGAGCGAUUUUAAUGGCUGGACCACCUGGCACAGGAAAAACAGCGAUUGCGAUGGGUAUUGCUCAAGCAUUAGGAAAAGAUAUACCUUUUACGAUGCUUGCAGCUUCUGAAAUUUUUUCUCUUGAAAUGUCUAAAACUGAAGCACUUACACAAGCAUUUCGUCGCUCUAUUGGCGUUCGUAUUAAAGAAGAAGCUGAAAUUAUAGAAGGAGAAGUAGUUGAAAUUCAAAUUGACCGUUCUAUCACAGGUGGUACGAAAACCGGAAAACUCACUUUAAAAACGACUGAUAUGGAAACUAUAUAUGAAUUGGGUCAUAAAAUGGUAGAUGCGUUAAAUAAAGAGAAGGUUCUGGCAGGUGACGUUAUUACAUUGGACAAAGCGUCCGGAAAGAUAUCAAAACUAGGUCGUUCCUUUACACGCGCUAGGGAUUAUGAUGCAAUGGGAGCAGACACAAAAUUUGUACAAUGCCCCGAAGGUGAACUACAAAAGCGUAGAGAAGUGGUUCAUACAGUUUCGUUACACGAAAUUGAUGUGAUCAAUAGUCGAACGCAAGGAUUUUUGGCAUUAUUUUCAGGUGAUACUGGUGAAAUCAAGUCUGAAGUGCGAGAACAAAUAAAUACAAAGGUUACUGAAUGGAGGGAAGAGGGAAAAGCAGAAAUCGUUCCUGGCGUUCUUUUUAUUGACGAAGUUCAUAUGCUCGACAUUGAAUGCUUUUCUUUUCUAAAUCGAGCUCUUGAGGAUGAAAGAGCACCAGUUGUCAUAAUGGCUUCAAAUCGUGGUAUUACACGUAUUCGUGGUACGAAAUAUAAAAGCCCUCACGGCAUUCCAAUAGACUUGUUGGAUAGAUUGUUGAUCAUCAGCACAACACCAUAUGAUGAAGAGUCAAUAAAAAAGAUUAUAACUAUUAGGUGUGAGGAAGAAGAUGUUUCAAUGACUGACGAAGCACGAGACGUUUUAACAAAAAUUGGAGUGGAAACUUCGCUGAGAUAUGCUAUUAAUCUAAUCACUACAUCUCACCUUGUCGCAAAAAAACGCAAAGCAACGACUGUAGAUGCAAAUGAUGUCAAACGUGUAUAUAAAUUAUUUUUGGAUGAAAAAAGAUCUGUGAAUUAUUUGAGAGAAUAUCAGGAGCAAUACAUGUUCAAUGAAAUUCCAGCGGAUGAAGAAAUGGAAGGCGUGGAAAACAUAGAGUCAAUGGAAUCUUAA